AUGGGCAACUGCUGCCGCUCGCCGGCCGCCGUCGCGCGGGAGGACGUCAGCUCCUCGCACUUCCCCGCAUCCAACGCGAAGAAGAAGCAGCACCAAGCGCGGAACGGCGGCGCCGGCGGAGGAGGGGGAGGAGACGGCGGCGGCGGGCAGAAGCGGCUCUCGGUGCUGGGCGACGAGGGGUGCGAGGUCAUCGGGAUCGACGACAAGUACAUCCUGGACAGGGAGCUCGGCCGCGGGGAGUUCGGGGUGACGUACCUGUGCAUGGAUCGGGACACCAAGGAGCUGCUCGCCUGCAAGUCCAUCUCCAAGCGCAAGCUGCGCACGGCCGUCGACGUCGAGGACGUGCGCCGGGAGGUGGCCAUCAUGCGUCACCUGCCCAAGAGCCCCAGCAUCGUGUCCCUGCGGGAGGCGUGCGAGGACGAGGGCGCCGUCCACCUCGUCAUGGAGCUCUGCGAGGGCGGCGAGCUCUUCGACCGCAUCGUCGCGCGGGGCCACUACACCGAGCGCGCCGCCGCCAAUGUCACCCGCACCAUCGUCGAGGUCGUCCAGCUCUGCCACCGCCACGGCGUGAUCCACCGCGACCUCAAGCCGGAGAACUUCCUCUUCGCCAAUAAGAAGGAGAACUCACCGCUCAAGGCCAUCGACUUCGGCCUCUCCAUCUUCUUCAAGCCUGGUGAAAAGUUUUCAGAAAUUGUGGGAAGCCCCUAUUAUAUGGCUCCUGAAGUAUUGAAGAGAAACUAUGGGCCAGAAAUAGACAUAUGGAGUGCUGGAGUUAUCCUAUAUAUUUUAUUAUGUGGAGUUCCUCCAUUUUGGGCUGAGACUGAACAAGGGUAUGAGGCUAUUCUUCGUGGAAAUAUCGAUUUUAAGCGGGAACCCUGGCCUAAUGUUUCGGUAAAUGCAAAAGAUUUAGUUCGACGCAUGUUGGAGCCUGAUCCAAAGCUCAGGUUAACUGCAAAGCAGGUUCUUGAACAUCCUUGGCUUCAAAAUGCGAAGAAGGCUCCUAACGUCCCUCUUGGAGAUAUUGUAAAGUCAAGGCUCAAACAAUUUUCUAGGAUGAAUAGAUUCAAAAGAAGGGCUCUAAGGGUUAUUGCUGAUCAUUUGUCUGCUGAGGAAGUUGAGGACAUAAAGGAGAUGUUCAAGACUAUGGAUACUGACAAUGAUGGGAUUGUAUCUUAUGAAGAACUGAAGACCGGAAUAGCAAAACUUGGUUCCCAUCUUGCGGAAUCAGAAGUACAGACGCUCAUUGAAGCUGUGGAUACAAAUGGUAGGGGGGCACUAGAUUACGGGGAAUUUUUGGCUGUCUCUCUUCAUUUGCAAAGGAUGGCAAAUGACGAGCAUCUUCGCCGGGCCUUCCUAUUUUUUGACAAGGAUGGCAAUGGUUUCAUUGAACCUGAGGAACUUCGAGAGGCUCUAGUGGAUGAUGGAGCAGCUGAUAGCAUGGAAGUGGUGAAUGACAUAUUGCAAGAAGUUGACACUGAUAAGGAUGGCAAGAUUAGCUAUGACGAAUUUGUAGCAAUGAUGAAGACCGGUACAGAUUGGAGAAAGGCAUCCCGGCACUACUCAAGAGGAAGAUUCAACAGCCUUAGCAUGAAGCUUAUAAAGGAUGGGUCGUUUGUUGACCUGCCGUGCUGCCCGGUGGCAAAGUUCAUUACGUGCUUCUUCUAUUGGGAAACGCCGAAUAAUGUGUUCGGGAGUGGCGUCCUACUCCUGCCUGCAAUGUGA